CUUCAACAAUUCCAAUCCAAUCAAAUUCAAAGUUUUCACCCUUCGGAGAGCGAAUGCGACGGAAUCAAGAGACGAAGAGAAAAGCGAGCCUCGAACGAACUUCCAUUCGUCCCAGCUCAUCCACGGAACCAGCUUGAAACCAAUUCAAUUGCCAAGUUGCAAGUUUUUGAGGGAGAAGAACCGGUUUUCAAUGAGAAUUGAACCGGCCGGUUCGUGGUCAGUCUCAACCAGGCUCUGUUUCGAGGAAAAAAUAAAACGGGCCUAGAAAGGCCCGCGAAACUGAAUUGGCGCGUGCAGUCGUCAACCACCAAAAAAAAAACGUCUCCUUAUAUAACAGCGUGUCUCUUGAAUUCAAAAGCCUCUCUUCAAAAAAUGCUUUAAUCAAAGCAAUUUUUUGUUUUCCAACUUUGCAAUUGCGUUCAGUUAUUAAUCUUAUUGUUUACGCCAAAUUGAUACCAUCUUUCUCUCUCUGAAAUUUGUAAGUAUGUAUGAUCUCCCUUGCUUGCUUCUUCACUGCUGAUUUUUUUCUUACUUUGAUUGUUUGAUAAUGAUGAGAAGUUCUUGCACUUUUGGUAAAAAAAUAGUUUCAGUGAAUUAGGAUAAAUUAACUUGGAAACAUGCGGCUGAAAUGGUAAGGAAGAAUAGGAAAGGAAAGUAAUCGGUUUGUAAAGAAAUCGUGAGAAAAUAUCUCAAUUUUAAAGAACUGAAAACAAAAGAUUCAAUUUUUAUCGUGUUGAAAAUCAAUAUGUAUUCUUAGCUUAGUUAAUUACAUGUUUUUUAGCUGAUAAUCAAAUUGAUGCCCUCUUCUAUUUGCAUUUCGUGAUGCUAUUGAAUUUUCCAUGCUUUUGUAAUGAUUAUAAUGUGUGAUUAUUGUAAAGCUAAUUAUGUGUGGAGAGAUAUGUGAUUGAAUCGAUGAAACAUAUAGGAAGGAGUAGAAUGGAUCUCCGGCCUUGUUGUCAUCGCCUCGUCUUGCUCUUGAUAUUCAUGUUGCUGUCACAAACUCGUGUAUCAUCGAGCUGGUUCUUUUCAUCGAACGAAGAGGAUGCUCAUUCGAGCAAGAAGGAGGCGGUUUACAGCAAUGUGGCUUCCGAAUUCUCCUUGGAAGCACUCCAUGACAACGAGAAGGGGAUCCAGUUGAUCGAGAAUGCCAAGAACAAGAUGCUCGCGCCAAAUUCCUGCUGGCAGACGGCCUACCAGGGCGUGUUUGAAGGAUGCGCUAGGACCCUUGCUGACGAGGAACUACGGUCUAGGCUGGCGUGGAGCCUCAGUGAUUGCUUCCAGAGGCACACGGGCCGGCCCCCUUUCCCUCAUUGUGAUCCCAAGUCCAAAAUGAGGAAGUGUUUGCAGAGUUUGGAUAGAGAUAAUCACCAAAUCUAUCUUGAAUACUUUCUCGAGACGAACUCCAUCUGUCACCAAUUGCAGACACAGGCGUUCAAGCAUCAAACCGAGAGAUUGGUGAACGAGCUCAAGAGCACUGCUGAGUACGCAGAGGUGAAGCUAGGAAAGAUCGAAGAACAAGGGGAGAUACUGAUGCAGAACGCGGAGCAAGUCCAUGAUUCUAUAGCCUUAAUAGAUGUCCGGACUCAGAAAGUUGCUGAGACAUCAAAAGUGUUGGAGGAUCAUGUGAACUCCGUGUUGAGGUACUCUGAAGUAGUCUACGAGCAGUCUAAGGGGAUAAUGUCGUCUCAGAUGGAAUUGAGCGAGGGGCAAGCGCUAAUGAAGGAGAAUUUGGCACAGGGAAUGGAGUUGCUUCAGAACUCGUACGAGAAUCUUGGAGACGAAAUUGUCAAGUUGAGAAACGAAGCAGCUGAGAUAGAGAUCGAGAUUGGGAAGGUUGGGGAUGCAAUGUCGUCGAGGAUGAGUGUUUUACAGAGUAAAGCAGACGAUAUAGGGAAUAUGGCUGGGACGUCGUUGGAUAAACAGAAAGAGCUUUUGGAUGGGCAGUCUAUAGCUCUCGAGGGGCUCGAUUUUCUCACCAAGUUUCAGUCACAGGCCCUUGAAGAGAGCAGGUUAACGCUGCAGAAGUUGGCUGAAUUCGGGAAAAAGCAGCAGGAGGAACUGCUGGAGAAGCAGAAGCAACUCCAUAAGUCUCAUGAUCAUCUAGUGGAGAACUCGAAACUGAUAUUAUCAGCUCAGGAAACAUUUGAAUCGAAGCAAGCAACCAUGUUUGUUGCCUUAGAUAAGCUCUUUGAACUGCACAAUGCUAUGCUGUUUGAGUCUCGUGUAAUCAUCGCGUUCUUGGUUUACUCGUUUGCAAUUUUCAUUGUCUACAUGCUGACCAGCAUAAAGCACGCCUACAGCGUGAGGCAUAGGCUGUAUCUAGGCCUGUGCGCGACGUUCUUGAUUGAGAUAAGUAUAUUUUGGACUGUGACAACGGAUGUUGAGCGACAAAGAUGGUUGAUACGCGUUGUUAGGUCACUCUUCGCGCUCUCAGCAUCCGUCCAGUACGUGUAUGCCAUAUUUACCUACAGGGAUUACGAGGUGUUGAACCACGAGAUGCUAAUGACGUUGAUGGAGAAGGUAAACAGCAUUCAGCGGAGCAAGGAGAUGGUGGCGUGGGACACAGAUGUCGAGAGCGACAUGAAUUGGCGUUCGUGGGUGGAUACAGAGCUGAUGGAAGAUGUGCAGCUGCUGGAGGAUCCCGACUACGUGCUGCCUGAGGAAUUUGACGAGUCAAAUUCCUCAGUCACCACUUCGCAUACGAAGAGUUACAACCUUCGUAGGCGAAGUUAGAAGUUUUGGCACACAGAAAUGCCUAGUUUUGUGUUGUAGUAUGAGUUUAGUU